AUGUUCCUUAAGUAUCAGUCUGCACUGAAAGCUUUAGAUAUACAGGCAUUAUUUUGGGACAUGGAGCCGGAUUAUGAGUGCCGUGAACUGGAACAGAAUAUGGCUCAUCAUCGAGACCCUAACGUCCCACGGCAUCUUAAUGCUGCUGGACUAGCCGAAUUCGAACAAGAUGAUGAAAUUAGAGCCCUCAACGAGAAAAUUGCGGAGCUAGGAAAGCGGAUUGGAGGUCAAUUUGAAACUCAUAAAGAUCUUGUCCUGGAGCGAAACCAGCUUUAUAGCAGAAAAGCUAAAAGGCUUAGAAAAAAGCGUGCAGAAUUUGUCAAACAAUGGUGGGACACAGCCUAUGAUGAAUACGUUGCAGGAAAUGACUUUACAGAGCGUGAUUUAACGUGCCUCUUUGAUAUUUACAGGAAGUAUAUGCCUGAAAGAUCUCGGAUUCAGGAAGCCUUGUUUAAAGAAGUGCCUCUUGACAGUGAAGAAGGAAAGCAAUGUCUACGUGAUAUGAUCUCCCUGUGCACAUCCACCGAGAAAGUUGCAUAUUAUCCCAGAAUAAAUCCUAUAGAUGGGCAUUGUCUGGUAUGA